AUGUCACACGAUGAGAAGAUAUAUAAGAAGGUUUCUUUCGAACAUCUGUACAUGCAUUCGUUGCGUAAUGAUGAAAAUAAAGCAAAGUUUUUUGAUUUGUGCUUGCAAUACAAGAACCCAGAAGCACUUUUGUGUUAUGGCAUGGUACAAUAUUUUACAUAUGUGUUGUUAGAUGAAGGGUUGAAAACCAUCGACUUGGCACAUGUAGAGGGCAAUGUGUUGGCUACAUAUUUAUUGGGACUUUUGCUUAUAUGCAAUGUAGAUGAAGAGCGCAAAAAGAGGGGUGUAUCGUUAUUACUAAGUGUUUUUCACCAGCAUCCAAUAGAUGAAGUGGUUCAAUUAAGAGGAACUUUACGAGAUAUGAUGGUGUCCCUUUGGUUAAAUAAUAGCAUUGUUCGUGAGUCAGAUGAAUUGGUCAAGUGUGAUCAAGGGCACCUUCAUGCAUAUGACAACAUUGUGGACAAAUGGGAUUACUUCGCAUGGGGUACAAAAAUACAUGCCAGUAUUCGAAGGAACCUAAUUGUUGCUUUUUGGCCUAAGAUUGAGGAAGGUGGAUUUGGACAUAUUUCAAAUUUUUUGCUACGUGAUAAUGCUGGAUACGAGCUAACAACGCAACAUAAAUUCACCAUAUCAAUGAAUUAUGGAUCGUCUAUAGUAGACUGCAAUCCUUUGGAUAUCCCACUAUAUGGUUUUGAAUUUGUUCCAUUUGGUGAUAUUUUGGCCAAAAAAGGUUCUGAUGUUUAUCUCAUUGAUAUAAUUGGGCAAGUGACUGCGUAUGGUGAACUAAUCAAUACCGCUAAAUCGAGGUGCAUGACUAUUGAGCUGAUGGACACAAAGAAUGACAACCUAACAUGUGUUCUAUGGGGCACAUAUGCUGAUGAGAUGAUAAAUUACAAUGCUGAGGGAGCUAAUGGUGCAAUUAUAGUCAUCUUACAGUUUGCAAAACGAAUCAUGUAUAAAGGUGGUGUUCGUGUUCAAAAUUCUCGAUAUGCUUCAAGAUUGUUCAUUAACACACAACUAUCUGAAAUUAUUGCUUUUAAAGAUAGCAUGUGUUGCAAAACUCAACAAAUAUCUGGCCAACUAACUCAACUGACGAAUGAGAGUGAUGACUUUUUGAAGCAAGAAUAUGUAAAAGAUAUUUUCGACAUUAUGAACAUGAAAAAGUCUUGUGUAUGCGUAUGCCUAGCCACAAUAGAGGACAUAGAUGUUGGGUAUAGUUGGUAUUACGAUGGAUGCAACAAAUGUAUGAGUGGAGUGAUAAGGGAAGAUGAUGUCAUCCGGUGUAGAAAGGAGAAUGUAGUGUUACGUAGUACAACACCAAGAUUCAAGAUAAAAUUGAUUGUUGCUGAUAAAUCUGGAGAUGCUUCUUUUAUGAUGUUUGAUAAAGAGGUGUCUAAAUUGGUUGGUAGAACAGCAAAAGAAAUGGUUGCCUCUCAAAAUCAGAUGGAAAACAAUGAGUUUCCUGAAGAAUUCAAAAGUCUAUUGGGGAAAAGAUUUUUGUUUAAGGUCACCGUGCCAUAUAAUAAUGGUGUUGAUCAAAAUUAUUCCUACACUGUGAAUUCUACGUCUGAUGAACCUGAAUUAAUUAACAAGUGGAUUGAACUUUACGUGAAGUUGGAGGAUCUCUCUCAUUCGGAGGCAGACUCUUCUUUCUCCCACAUCACACCGCAAAAGAGGGCAACAUUACUUGAUGAACAUUCACCCUUAGGGAUGCAGCUUUCAACUAACAAGAAACUCAAGUCUGUUGUGCCUCAAGAAGAAGAAUGA